AUGAUCCAGAUCAGUCAGCCCCCAACCCGCCUCGGCGGCCCUCCCAUUCCCAGAACCCCACCACCGGGGAGUCCCCCUCCCGCUCCCCCUCCAACCCCGCAAAGCCAGCUCUUCACCAUCCCGCUCAACCUCGACGAGAACUGGUUCGCUACUACGCCGCCUACAUUCCCCUACCCGGCCCUCCGCGAGCUCCCCACCCCGAUCCUGCGCACGAACUACGAGUGGGAGUGCAUCGAUUCACUGUGCCCGCGCGGCAGCCAAGACUGGACGCUCAUUGGCGCCGUUCAAUGGGACGUCAGCGACCGGCGCACGAUAACCAAGGUGCGCGUCCGGUGGAACUCGGCGGAUAUCCGUGGGACGGUGCGGGGGGAGCAGAAGCUUGUUGUUGUUCUUCCCCAUGGGAAAGUAGAAGAAGAAGAAAAAAAAGAAGAAGAUGAUGAUGAUGAUGAAGGUGGCAGGUUAAGCGAUAUACAGGUACAGGUGCAACUGCAACUCGCCGCGCACCGGUACGGACCGCACAUCGUCUCGUACUGUCGGGAGCACAUGGGCAGGACUGUGGGGGACGGCGAGUGCUGGACGCUAGCGGCGGAGGCGCUGAAGGGUGCGGGGCGGGCGGCAGAGAUGGCGGGGUACGAGGCGCCGAUGCGGAGUGUUGGGCGGAGACAUGGGGCAUGUGUGCUUGAGUGGGAGGCCGGAGGUGGGAUACCGGUUGAGGGGAUACUAGGGCUAGCGGGGGUGAUGUCGGGGGAUGUGCUGGAGAUUGAGGAUGGGCAUUUUCGGAGGGUGAGGGUGGUGGAGGUGCUUGGGGGGUUGGGGAGGGGGGAGGAGAAUGUGAGAGUUGGACGGCAUACGGCUGUUGUUGUAGGGGUGAGAAGUGGGCGGGGAGGGGCAGGGGAGGAGGUUGUUGAAGUGGCAGAACAGAACGCGAAGGUUCGAAGGGUGGUGGCGGAGGGGGAGUAUAACUUGAGGGAGAUGGUGGAGGGGGUUGUGAAGGUGUAUAGGCCUGUGGGCAGGAGUCAGCUGAGGGAUGGGUCAGAGCGAGGUGUUGUUGACGUCGGCUUGGAAGGGGUUUGUUCUAGCUGGUGAGGUUUGGUUCAGAAAGCGAUUGUUACGCAGCGG